AUGAAGUUCACCACUGCCACCCUUCUUCUCGCCCUGGCCGCUCUCACUGUCGCCAACCCUGUCGCCAGCCCUGUUGCUGACCCAGUCGCUGCCCCCAAGGAACCCCCACCUGUUGACAAACCCAACUGCCGGGACUGCGACAACAACUACACCAAGGGUCGUGCCUCCUGGGCAUGCUGGUUCAAUCCUCAAGCCUGCGAUGUGUCUUGCCGUGCCGACACCUGUCGCCAUUACGAUGGUUUCUGCAAGGCUAAUUGCGGUUACAACAACUGCUAG